AUGCAACUGCCCCAAAUCUGGUGUGCACUGAAGUUUUUAACUACCAACGAUUACAAUGCAGAAACAGUAGCUACAGCUAAAAGCAUUAUGGGUCUAAUAGACUAUAAAUUUAUAUGUACUCUGCAAAUUUGGGAUCAAGUUUUAGAGUCUGUUGAUAGGGUGAACGUAGCUUUACAGUCGAAAACUAUUGCUAUUGACAAAGCCUCUGAAUUAAUCAAAGGAUUAAUAAGGCAGAUUCAGAAUAUUCGCGAGACUAUAGAUAACGUUUUUGAAAAGGCAGAAAAAGUUUGUGUAGAAUGUGAAAUUGAGGACUAUUUUCCGGAAAAACGUAAAAAGCGAGUGAAAAGACAAGACCUUGGAGAAAUCUCAGACGCCGGCUACGAUAUUACAUAUUACCCCACAGCAAAGAGAUUCGAGAAACUUCACAAUAUUCACCACCUUUUUAAUUUUUUGACAAUAGAAAAUAUUGCUAAAUAUCCAGCUGAAGAACUAAAAAAACAUGCCGCUGAUUUGAGUAUCAAAUAUUCAGCAGAUAUUAAUAAUACUGAAUUUUGGGCUGAAUUAGACACUUUAAAGUGUCAAGCUGAAACGACUAUAUUAUUUAAUAAAUGUGACCGUAGUACAAGUCUGGGUCUUCUUAAAGCUAUAGUCGAACUAGAUUUGAAAGAUAUGUUUCCCAAUGUAGUAGUCGCUAUAAAGAUUUUUUUAACAAUGCCAGUGACUGUAGCUUCCUGCGAAAGAUCAUUCAGGCGCAGUUAUAGAAGCUCGCACAGGGCGCAGAAAAGGCUAUUUACGGCACUGCCUCGACGCGCUACAAACCUUGACUUGGGUGGAAAAGUAAAGGGGUGUAGCGCUCGCGACACAACAUGGUUAGCCACCCUAGUGCCAUUCAGUCCUAGGCGCGCUACAAACCUUGACUUGGUUGAGGAAAUUAAGGGGUGUAGCGCUCGCGACACAUCAUGUUUAGCCACCCUAGUGCCAUUGAGUCCUCGGCGCGCUACAAACCUUGACUUGGGUAGAAAAGUAAAGGGGUGUAGCACUCGCGACACAUCAUGUUUAGCCACCCUAGUGCCAUUCAGUCCUCGGCGCGCUACCAACCUUGACUUGAGUGGAAAAGUUAAGGGGUGUAGCGCUCGCGACACAUCAUGUUUAGCCACCCUAGUGCCAUUCAGUCCUUGGCGCGCUACCAACCUUGACUUGGGUGGAAAAGUUAAGGAGUGUAGCGCUCGCGACACAUCAUGUUUAGCCACCCUAGUGCCAUUCAGUCCUUGGCGUGCUACAAACCUUGACUUGGGUGGAAGGGCGUAG